AUGUCUAUUGGCAAGCUGCUGAAAUUUAUCUUCUUGGUAGAAUUAACGUUUAUUGGUUGUUGGAAGAUAAAGUUUUUUGAGGGGAAACAUGGCAUAGCAACAUCGGGAAAAUAUUUGGUAAGUUGACUUUGGUUAUUUACAGCUAAGUAUUUAAGGCAAUCCUACAAGUAUUUUUUGUGUAUAUUUUCAGGACAGAACGUUUAUGAGCGAACUGGAAAAUGAUGAGAUUAAUCGCCAGCUUUGUGCCGUGGACACAUUUUCUUGGUCCCCUGAAACUCAAGAGGAGAUUCUUGCGGAAGGAAAUAAUUGGCAACACGAUGAACCAGCUUCGACAGAACCAAGUUUGUGUUGUGAUGAAUGUGGUCGCGUAUUUGCGCGUUCGGACAACCUCAACCGACAUAUGAAAUCUCACAGUGACAAAAACCACGAGUGUUCGCGUUGUCGCAAGAAGUUUAAUCGAAAGGUAUGUAAUUUACAUGGAUAUAUUUCAAAACAUAAUAAAAUAUUUUGAGCUAAUAAUAUUUAUACUAUUUCAAGGAUGCUUUGAACCGACACAUGAAAACUCACAGUGACAAAGACUAA